GAUCGAAAUAGAAGAGACGGAAAGCACCUUCGAGUCUCAUCAUGGAAGCAUCUCAAGUGAUCUCCCAAAGGGAUCAGCUCGACUGCCACGUUCUGCAUUCGUUUCUUUCGUGCAAUGGAGCUAGCAACUGUGAAAGUCUCAAAGAACUGUUAACCAAAAGGAGCACGGAAGAUCUCAACCGUGUUGUUGAAGCUUACAGAGCUACAUACAACCAGGACAUUCUUCACCAACUUUGCAACAUUCAAAGAAGGAACAACUUUCUUAGUCUAGUGCACCUCCAGAUGAUGGAACCACGAGAACGGGACGCUAAGUUACUAAGGGAUGCAUUGCAUGGGCCUGCUCUUGGCUCUGACAUUCUUAUUGAAGUCUUCUGCACGCGCUCUUCCUCUCAGUUACAAUGUAUCAAGCAAGCUUACCGCAGCCAAUACAAUAGAAAUAUUGAGCAAGAUAUCUCACUCAAGGCCCACAGCACCCUCAAGGAGGUACUAACAGCGCUGUCAAGCAUCAACGGAGCAGAAGGAUCAACAGUUGACGUGAGCAUGGGCAUGUGCGAUGCAAAGAUUUUGUAUGAAGCCAUAGAGAGCGGUGCCUCCACCGAUCAAAGAACCAUUCUCUCCGUUCUGACGAGGAGAAACAUAGAGCAACUAAGAACGAUUUUGCACUGCUACGAGCAGCUCUACGGCCACCACAUCUCCAAGUUCUUGAAGCAAAAGAGGCAUGGGGAGUUCGGAAGGACUCUCAGCUCUGUAACUCGCUGCAUCUCCUAUCCUGAGAAGCAUUACGCCAAGCAGCUGAAAGACAUGUGGGUGAAGCGCCGAUUGGCUACCGAACCGGCGACCGAUCUGAUGAUCCGCGUCGUCGUCGCCAAAUCCGGCGUCAACAUCGGAGAAAUUCGAAGUGCCUUUUCGAAGAAGUCCGGCGGUACUGCACUUGAAACAGCCGUCCGCACUUUGAUGAGUGAUCCUGACUACCACACUCGCAUGGUCGCCGAAGUUUUCCUAAAGAUUGUGAAGUGCAGUUAGAACAUGCUCUUUCACUAGCAGAUGCACCUGGACCCAGAGAGUUUAACUAGAACUUUGUUGAUAAAUAAUCUGAUUCGCAAGAGAUGGUAUUUAACAAUGAAAUAAAUGAAGAUCGUUUCCCAUAUUGUCGCUAAUCAGCAGUCGGUGGUUCGUUUUUUGUUUUUGGUUAAGAGUUGCUCCCCUGGAGAUGAACUUGUGUGACAACCAUAAUAUACAUGCUUCAUCUUUCCGCAUUCUGCACAGUUUCAUAACUUUGUUAUGUUCAAAAGGAAAAUGUGCCCAAUAAGUUUAUUACU